UGUUAUAAAGAAAGGUUGAUCACCUCGGAAUGUUUACUCUCACUACAGACGCAGACACUGUAAUAGUUUAAGCUUUUCUUCUGUUCUGUUACUGAAAACUGAAACACUAGCAGCUGAAAUUAUGCAACUGCAGAAGACUCCAACAAGUUUGGUUUUUGGUGUUAAUGGUGAGAGGUUUGAGCUCACCCAUGUUCACCCGUCAACCACUUUACUCGAAUUCUUGCGUACUCACACUCGUUUCAAGAGUGCCAAGCUUGGCUGUGGGGAAGAUGAAGAAGGAGAAGGUGUUGGCUUUAAGUAGUCCUAAUUCUUUUUUCAAUCUGGUACUUGAUGUUUUGAAAUGGUUGGUUUCAGGGGGAUGUGGUGCUUGUGUAGUUUUAAUUUCAAGAUACGUUCCUGUGCUUGAACAAGUUGAGGAUUUUACAGCAAGCUCUUGUCUCACACUACUUUGCAGCAUACAUGGUUGUUCAAUAACAACCAGUGAAGGAAUUGGAAAUUCUAAAGAAGGAUUCCACCCAAUUCAUGAAAGAUUUGCAGGAUUCCAUGCCACUCAAUGUGGCUUUUGUACACCUGGAAUGUGUGUUUCCCUCUUUGGAACUCUUGUCAAUGCUGAAAAGACCGAUCGUGCAGAGCCACCAGAUGGGUUCUCAAAAGUAACUGUUAGUGAAGCUGAGAAGGCUAUUGCAGGGAAUCUUUGUCGCUGCACUGGGUACAGACCAAUUUCUGAUGUCUGCAAAAGCUUUGCAGCUGAUGUUGACAUGGAGGAUUUGGGGUUUAACUCGUUUUGGAAAAAGGGAGAUAACAGGGACUUAAAGGUUAGUAGGUUGCCUCGAUAUGAUCGUAAUCAACUGAGUAGUAGAUUUCCUACGUUUUUGAAGGAAAUCAAGCAAGAUGUGUUCUUGGCUUCUGGGAAGCACAGUUGGCACCGACCUAUUAGUCUAACCGAGCUUCAGAGUCUAUUAAAAUCAAACAAUUCCAAUGGAACACGGAUAAAAACUGUAGUUAGUAAUACAGGUAUGGGAUAUUACAAAGAUAAAGAAGACUAUGAUUUGUACAUUGAUCUAAGGGGAAUUUCUGAGCUUUCAAAGAUCAGAAAGGACCGAACAGGGAUUGAAAUUGGAGCAGCAGUGACAAUAUCUAAAGCUAUUGAAGUACUGAGGGAAGAUAUCAGAGGUGACUUUCUCCCAGAUUAUGUAAUGAUACUUGAAAAGAUUGCUGAUCAUAUGAGCAAAGUUGCCUCAGGAUUUAUUAGGAACACAGCCAGUGUUGGUGGAAAUUUAGUCAUGGCACAAAGGAAUAAUUUUCCCUCGGAUAUUACUGUAAUACUUCUUGCUGUUGAUGCAAUGGUUCACAUUAUGACUGGCACACAAUUUGAGUGGCUGACACUGGAAGAAUUUCUGGAAAGACCAGCGUUAGGUUUGGAAAGUGUGCUUUUAAGCAUUAAAAUUCCUAGUUUGGAACUCAAUCAAAGUGAAUCCUCAGAACCAAGAAGUAGAUUCCUCUUUGAAACAUACCGGGCUUCUCCAAGGCCCCUUGGUAAUGCCCUUCCCUACUUAAAUGCCGCUUUCAUGGUUAAGGUGUCUCCAUGCAAGGAUUCUGGGGGAACUCUGAUAGAUACUUGUAGGUUGUCUUUUGGUGUUUACGGCAGUAAACAUGCCAUCAGAGGGAAUAAAGUCGAGGAACUUCUAUCUGGAAAACUUUUAAGUACUAGCGUUCUGUACGAUGCUGUCGACUUGAUUAAAGCCACUAUUGCAUCUCAAGAUGAUAACGCAAUAACAGCUUAUCGUUCAAGUUUAGCUGCUGGUUUUAUUUUUCAGUUCUUUAACCCUCUUAUUGACAGUCCUGAAAGAAUAAGCAAUGGUUAUUUGAAUGGAAAUAAUAAUCAUCCGUUUGCUCAGGAUUUUGAAUUAAAAGUCAGUCAGAAGCAGAUACCUCAUGACAAAGUUCCAACUUUACUAACAUCUGGUAAACAAGUCCUUGAAGCAGGCUGUGAGCAUCUUCCUGUUGGUGAGCCAAUCGUAAAGUCUGGAGCUGCACUACAGGCUUCAGGUGAGGCUGUGUUCGUGGAUGACAUUCCAUCACCACCAAAUUGCUUACAUGGAGCAUAUAUUUAUAGUGCUAAACCUUUAGCAAGGGUAAGGAGUAUAAAACUCAACCCUGAGUUGCAACUGGAUAGAGUAAGGGAUGUCAUUUCAAGUAAAGACAUUCCCAAUGGUGGGGAAAACAUUGGAUCUAAGACUGUAUUUGGGAUUGAACCUCUAUUUGCAGAGGAAGAAGCCAGAUGUGUUGGUGAACGCCUUGCCUUUGUGGUUGCAGAUACUCAGAAAGUUGCAGAUAUGGCUGCAAACUCAGCUAUUGUUGAUUAUGAUACUGAAAAUCUUGAGCCGCCUAUUCUAUCAGUUGAAGAUGCUUUUGAAAGAUCUAGCUUUUUCGAAGUUCCUUCUGUUGUCUAUCCAAAAGAAGUAGGUGAUAUAUCAAAAGGAAUGGCUGAAGCAGAUCAAAAGAUUCUUUCUGCUGAGAUGAAACUUGGGUCUCAAUACUAUUUUUAUAUGGAGCCACAAACUGCACUUGCUGUUCCAGAUGAAGACAAUUGCAUUACGGUUUACUCUUCAAACCAAUGCCCCGAGAGUACGCAUUCUAUUAUAGCAAGAUGCCUAGGCAUUCCAGAAAGUAAUGUUCGUGUAAUUACAAGAAGGGUUGGGGGUGGUUUCGGGGGAAAGUCCAUAAAAGCCAUGCCUGUUGCCACAUCAUGUGCACUAGCUGCACAUAAAUUACAGCGCCCAGUAAGGAUAUAUCUAAAUCGAAAGACAGAUAUGAUAAUGGCUGGAGGAAGGCAUCCUAUGAAGAUAACAUACAGUGUUGGGUUUAGGAAUGAUGGUAAGAUUACGGCACUCAAACUUCAAAUUCUGGUCAAUGCAGGGAUAUACGUAGAUAUAAGUGCAAUAAUGCCACAUAAUGUAGUUUCUGCACUAAAAAAGUACGAUUGGGGUACGCUAGCUUGUGAUAUAAAGGUAUGCAGAACAAACCAUCCCAGCAGAUCUGCUAUGAGGGGCCCUGGGGAAGUGCAGGGAUCAUUUAUUGCUGAAGCUAUUAUAGAAAAUGUAGCAGCUACACUUUCAAAGGAUGUAGACUCCGUCAGAAGCAUUAAUCUUCACACAUACAAUAGUCUUCAGUCAUUCUAUGAGUACUCUCAUGGUGAACCUAAUGAGUAUACCUUGCCUAUAAUAUGGAAUGAGUUAGCUGUUUCUGCAAACUAUGACCAGAGAACCAAAAUGGUGCAAGAGUUUAACAGGAUUAACACCUGGAAGAAAAGGGGAAUCUCUCGAGUACCAGUUGUGAUUCAAUUGAUGCAAAGACCAACUCCUGGAAAAGUAAGUAUUUUUUCAGACGGGUCUGUUGUUGUUGAAGUUGGAGGAAUUGAAGUGGGUCAGGGUCUCUGGACGAAGGUGAAACAGAUGGCUGCAUAUGCUCUUGGGGCUAUUCAAUGUGAUGGAAUUGGAGGUCUCUUGGACAAAAUACGGGUUAUACAAUCUGAUACUGUGAGCUUGAUUCAAGGAGGAUUCACUGCUGGGAGCACUACAUCAGAGUCAAGCUGCGAAGCAGUUAGGCUUAGCUGUAAUAUCUUGGUGGAGAGGCUAAAGCCUCUUAAGGAAAACCUGCAGAAGGAAAUGGGCUCUAUCAACUGGGAGACCCUUAUUCUUCAGGCAUACAUGCAAGCUGUGAACUUAUCAGCAUCUUCAUUUUAUGUACCCAGCAUGAGCUCCAUGAGCUACCUUAAUUAUGGUGCUGCAAUAAGUGAGGUGGAAAUAGAUCUUCUGAAUGGUGAAACCAGAUUUUUGCAAACAGAUAUUAUUUAUGAUUGUGGACAGAGUCUCAACCCUGCUGUGGAUUUAGGACAGAUUGAAGGAGCUUUUGUCCAGGGAUUGGGGUAUUUCAUGCUUGAACAAUACGAAACAAAUCUUGAUGGUUUGGUGUUGCAAGACGGCACUUGGAACUACAAAAUCCCUACAAUAGACACUAUACCAUUACAGUUUAAUGUUCAAAUCCUCAACAGUGGUCACCACCAGCAUCGAGUGCUCUCUUCAAAAGCAUCUGGGGAGCCACCAUUACUUCUAGCAGCUUCAAUUCACUGUGCCACAAGAGCAGCAGUGAAAGAAGCAAGGAAACAACUUCUUUCAUGGAGCAACCAAGAAGAAGAUUCUAUAUUUCAGUUGGAGGUCCCUGCAACCAUGCCUGUGGUGAAAGCACUAUGUGGACUUGACAAUGUUGAAAGAUACUUGAAAUGGAAAAUGGGAAGGACAUGAUACUGUUCACUGUCCUAGCUUAGUUAGCAGAAUGAUUUUUUCUAUCCAAUUUUCAGUCCUUCUGGUAAAGAAUUAAAAUAAGUUGAGCUUUUAUUAUUUUAUUUCACAUGAUGAUCAUGCUAGUGCAAAACUUUCAAUUUUUUCAUAUGUUCACAAUAAGAAGCACUGGCUAGUUUAUGAGGGUAGUUUUUGCAGCAAGAAUAAGAUAUAUCUGGACGGUAAUGUACUUUAGUUAUCCAUAAAGUGCUUAAAUUGGUGUUGA